AAUAAAUGAAGGAGACGACAGUUUUCCGGCCCAGGUCACGGCACCGCUACUGAGUGUUCUGGGUGCCCGAGCGAGCGUGGACGUUGGGACCCCGCUGGCGGCGCCCUCGCUUUCUGGUAGCGGCGGGGAGCUGGUGGCCGUGGCCUUUCGGGCUGGGAUGAACCAUGCUCUCGGCGGAGGCAGGGGAGCCGAGCCGGAGCCAUGGCCAGUACAGUGGUAGCCGUUGGACUGACCAUUGCUGCUGCAGGAUUUGCAGGCCGUUAUGUUUUGCAAGCCAUGAAGCAUAUGGAGCCUCAAGUGAAACAAGUUUUUCAAAGUCUACCAAAAUCUGCCUUCGGUGGUGGCUAUUACAGAGGUGGGUUUGAACCCAAAAUGACAAAACGAGAAGCAGCAUUAAUACGAGGUGUAAGCCCUACUGCCAAUAAAGGAAAAAUAAGAGAUGCUCACCGACGAAUUAUGCUUUUAAAUCACCCAGACAAGGGAGGAUCUCCUUAUAUAGCAGCCAAAAUCAAUGAAGCUAAAGAUUUACUAGACGGUCAAGCCAAAAAAUGAAGUAAAUGUAUGGUGAAUUUUAA